AUGGCGCCAGCAUUGGCCGCCGCCGCCAAUCCCCAGUCUCGGGAUCUGCAGAAUCACCUGCUCCUGCAGACAUUGGCACCCGCCCACCCCGGGGGUAGGUCCGGCAGCGAUGGGCUACAGCUCGGCUCCUCCCUGCGCAAUCCUCUCUUGCAAAGCUCUACACCUCUCUUGCAAAGCUCUACACUUUCCACUCAGCCCCAGAGCCUGUCGGGAUCCACUGCCGGGCCUCUUGUUGGCCACGCUGCUGUACCUCGGAGCACGGCGCUGCAGCUCGAUGCGCGUUUGGACAACCCGCACCUGUGCACACCACUCCCCGAGGCCACGCCAGCGCCCCACACGGCUCCGCAGCCGCGACCGACCCUGCACAAUCCUCACCUGACCCAUGUUGAUCUAAAGUCCGACCUGACGCUGGCACCGACAACACGCGCAACCCACACAUCGAACACCGCCACCCAUGCUCUGACCAGUGGCUCCGACCUACUCGCUGGACCCACGACGCGGCACGCCCAGCCCCUUGGCCUGCAGGUCAGCAAUCCACUUCUAGGUAGCGCAUUGGAUCAGAACGGGGGUCUACUUCUUUCUGAGGCAGCUUCAGCAAAAUCAAAGCCCACAGCUACCCCCGAAUCUACCGAUACCGCCCCAGCUCUUCGCGAGGCGGCCGCACUGGCCGAACUGCAAGCGGAGACGCGCGCAAUCCAAGCCAGCGCCCUCGAAGCACAACGCGCCGCUCACGAACAGGCCACGCUGGGCUCGGGGGUGGAUGCCAAACAUGCCACAGAAGCCGAGAUUACUGCCGACCUCAAGGCCCGGCUUAUCAAUGCCCUCAGUGCCGCCUUGAUUGGCUCACCAGACUGGACCGACCGUGCCAAUCCAACCCGCCGUCAGCUCAUCAAGCUGAUUCGCGAACUGGCCGUGUACGACGCUGAAUUCAUCCUCAAAGCCGCCCUGUACACUCGCCAAGAACUCAAUAUUCGCACGGCGGCCAAUUUUGUGCUGGCGGUCGCAGCCACGCUACCAGAUUGCCGUUGUUACCUGCGCAAGUAUUUAUCAGAUGCCGUCCGGCUUCCCAGUGAUUGGAUCGCUGUGGCUGAACUUUUUCAAACCCUGUACACGCGCGACUCGUCCGUCCGCUAUGGCAGCCUACCGGCUGCCUUGCGCAAGGCCAUGAUCGACAAAUUUGCUGACUUUGACGAGUAUCAGCUGGCCAAGUACAACAAGAGCAAGAAGAAGAAGCCUGCCAGCAAAGACGUGCGCCACACCCAGCGCGAGGAACCAUCGGCCCCUGCGCAACGCACCAUGUCCCAUCUGAGCGAAGAUCCCGAGGACUUGGAAAAACUGACUUUCAGCCUCAAGCAACUCAUUCGCAAGCUGCACGUGGUUCAACCUGCCCGCCUGGUCAUGGGCGUUCUAGGCAAGCCCUAUCCUAACACCUCGGACGAAUUCCGCCUGGCCGGACUGGAGGGGGUUUGGGAUCCGGAGCGCGCCGGCCAGCGCAUGCGUUUGGCCGUUCCCAUUACCUGGGAGACACAGGUGUCUGCUCACGGCAACAAGGCCGAAACUUGGGAACGCCUGAUGGACAAGCGCAAGCUUCCGUUCAUGGCCAUGCUGCGCAACCUACGCAACCUUGUCCAAGCCCAGGUUAAUAAAAAAUACCAUAACAUUGUGUGCAGCAAGCUCAGCGACCCCGAUACCAUUGCACACUCGCGACAAUUCCCUUUUGCUUUUUUCAACGCUUUUGAAGUGCUGGAUCGGAUGUCUGGGGAUGACUCCUCUAGCGUCAGCGCUGAGGAUGCGCGUACAAUCAGGCGCUACCGCUUGUCACUCGAGGCGGCUGUAGGCCACGCCACCAAGCACAACUUUCUGCUGUGGUCGGAUGCAACACUCCCGCGCCUCGUCAAUGCGGCUGGCCUGGACAUUCUCGAGGGCACGCAACAAUUGGUGCAAAUGGUACACGACAUGCGUAACAACGAACUGGCAGCAGCUGGUGAUUGGGCGGCCCUGGACGCAAAUACCCUGGUGCCUCUUGUUCCCGAUGAUCUUGGCACCGAUGCCUGCACCCUGUCCGUGGCCGACUACCUGCACGAGCUCGAGGCUAAAUUUGACGACAUGGUGGGGUCACCCGAGACGGCCGCUCAACGCCAGGCCCACUUUGGACUGCCCAUCCCAGCGCUUGUCAACCUCAUCGUGCACCAGAUUCCCGUCAAAAACAUUAUCAAUCUAACUGGCACCAGCGUCCUUGGCGCCAAUUUCAACGAGUUCCUUCAGCGUGAUGCCAUCUUGCGUUUCGUGGCGGAUGCCGGCGAUGGGCCCAGCGUUGUGGGUUACGUUGAGGCCAUUGAUCGCAAGUAUCAGCUUGACGAGAAGGUGGCCAAGCGCAUCGCCGAGCAUCAGCGGGCCCAGCGCCCACAUGUCCUUCCUAAAUCCAAAAAGACCAAGUCGAGCAUUGGAAUGGCCCAGCGCAAGCCUGUUCGCUUUGUGCGGCGCAGCGCGCAAACCAAACCCAACCCGAGUACUACAGACACCACGACACAAGAGACGAGCCGACCUCGGCUGCUGCCCCCUGGGCUUUGCCGGCUGGUGCGACCACCCAAUGCGGAAUGGCCGGUGGUGCAGCUCUUCAUCUCCAGCACGUUUCGCGACAUGCAAGGCGAGCGUGAUGCCCUCGUGCGACUGGUGGUGCCAGAGCUCAAGAAGCGUGCUGCCACUCUUCGCGUUCAUCUGCACGAGGUGCGCCAUUCCUCUCCUCGCCGAUGCUUCUUGUACCCAUCCGUCCUUUCCCUGACACACAGGCGCACGCUCAACCCACAUGUGCGUGUGCGCACGCAUGCUGACGUGAUGCUGACGGCUUUGUUUCGAUUCUGCCAUCAUCAGAUUGACCUUCGAUGGGGUGUGACGGAGCACGAUGCCAAGCAGGGCUUGGCCCUCUCAACAUGCUUGUCCCAGGUUGCGAGCUCUCACCUAUUCUUGGGCCUCCUGGGUGAGCGCUAUGGCUAUGUGGUCUCCGACUACGAUGAGCGCACGCUUGCCGCACACCCUUGGCUCUGCGUUCAGGACGAAGCGGCGUCUGACGCCACGGGCCUGAAUGCCUCCGCUCAAAGCCUGCAUCGACUGAAGAGCCAUAUUCGAGCGACGGGAGCCCCCACUUUUGAUUACCAUGCACAGUUUGCAGUGGAGCGAGACGGCAUGCCGGUGGCAGGUGACCUGGAUGAAUUUGUUCUGCAAACCACGCGUCAGCUUUGGCUGCAACUCCAACGGGUGGCUGGCGCGAGCACCGCUGCGGGCAAGUGCAGCAACGUCGUCGACCACGCCGACUCGACUGAGGGUGUCAUCUGGUCAGAUGACGACUCGGGCUCUGACGACGACCUAGGAGAUGACCCUGAUGUGGCUCGUCAGCAGCGACCGCUCAGCCGUACCGAGCGCACGCAGCGCAUCAUCUUACACCAGCUGGCUGCCCGCUUGGUGGGCCAGGACAAGGUGUUGCACCAUCUCGUUCACACGUGGAAGGAUGACUUGUUGUCCAACGACCAAGCACACGUGCACCCGGCCAUUCUCUUGCUGUCCGGUGAGGCAGCCAGUGGCAAGACCCUAGUCCUGGCCAAGAGUCUGCAGUCGUACAUCCGUCAACCGGGCUGCUCCGACCGCAACGUUAUUGCCCUCAUCCAGCACGGGCUGGAACGUCCUUUGGAUGUGGCCACCGCCUUUCUCCACCGCCUCGUGGAUGCCUUUGAUCUGGCCUCCCUUCUGCCCGAAUCCAAUCGCCCUCUUCAGGGCCGCCUCCUGGCUUCGACUUUGCAGAGCAUCAUCCGGCAUGCCGUUCGCAUGCUACCAGGCCACACCAAGCUGAUUCUUGCGCUCGACGGCUUGCCGCAGCCUGGAAGCACAAGUAGCUCAAAAUCCGCCCGCGAACGCAGCAGUCCCCUGGCUGAACUCCUCGACCUUCUCGGUGGGGCGCUGCCGUCCCGUGCCAUGCUUGUCGUUGCGCUGCGUGCCGGUGCAACGCUAACCGCAGCCAAGCGAUCCAUGGCACGAUAUGGCGUCGGUCUAGCCAGCAGUGGCAGCACCGGACCCCCCGUGGUUCUGGAGGUGCGCGUUGGGCCCUUGUCGGCCGCAGACCGCCGCGAGCUUGUGUUCCGCACGUUGAAGCGCUAUGGCAAGCAGCUCGAUGAGACUCCCUUCCGCAACCAAAUGGGACGCCUUCUCAGCAAGCGCGGUGCCAGCAGCCCCGUGUAUUUACUUGCAGCUUGCGAGGAGCUGCGGCUGGCGGGUCGCUUCGAGAACCUCGACGACCUAAUUCAGCGCCUUCCGAGCCAACUAGACGGGCUCUACGCCCAGCUCUUCCAUCGCUUGGCACAAGGUCAUCCACAAGCUCCCGCAGUGCUGAAAUGCUUGGCCACUGUGCUGCUGGUCUCGGCCAACGGCACGGCCCCCAACGACAUGCAAGCCUUUGCCGUCGAGCACGUGGGCGCCCCGACCUUGGUGGUGGCUGAAAUGCUAACGCAGCUCGAGCCGCUGCUUGGUGUGGACACGGUGGGUGGCACUGUCUUGCGCAUCCCACCAGGCGGCUUGCGUGCCAUUUUGACCAAGCAUCACAAGCUGACGACACCCGAGCUUCGCCAAGCGCACCGCAACCUCGCGCGCUAUUAUCGCCAAGCCCUGGAGACCAUCUGGACUGCGGGCGCCCAAGUAGACGCCAGUCCCGCCCUGCUCCUCGAGGCCCUGCACCACACCAUCCAUGCUGCCGACCAUGCCGCCCACGAAGCGCUCUUCUUUCGCCUGGAGCUGGUGCAGAGUCUGGCACAGAGCCAAUGCCUGGACGCUGCUCGCGCCCUACUCGCGCCAGCGGCGGCAAGCAAACCCUGUGCCACUCUUUUGGAUUUUAUCGUGGACCACUAUGCCAUUCUUCGAGCCCACCCCGAUGCUGUCUUGCAGGUGGCGCUCAAUACCCCGCCAACUGCCCACGCGGGACCCUGGCGUGCGGUGGCCAUGACUGCCCUGACCAGCGCAGCAUCAAAGGGCUCGGGGCUUGCUUCGGCGCGACGCUACCUCGAGGUGCAUGGCGUGUGCCCAACGACCAGCCCCCUGGUGGUCGCAGCCAGCACGCAGCAGUUGGCCGCCGGGCCCACGGUGCUUUGCACCCACAGCAACGCGGGGGUGCCGAUCACGGCCGUUGGGCGUGCCGAUGGUACAGUUGAGAUUGGUCGCGCUGAAUCCCUUGAGCCCCUGCACACGCUUGCUGCACACUCGGCGCAGGUCACUGCGAUCGUCUUCUUGACCAAUCACAAGGGUGAACCGCUGAUGUGCACGGCUGGGGCUGAUGGUGAGGCCGCUUUGUGGGAUUGGCAAACAGGUGAACGCUGUGCCGUCCUGGCCAAAGCCUCGAAGCGCAUCUCGGCUUUGGGCUUUGCGCAGGGCUCCCAGACCUUGGUCGUGGGCGACUGGUCUGGUACUGUUCGCACCUUUGAUCCCUCUGGCCGCAAGCUCAAGCCCGAAUUUCGCGAGGCGCACGCCGCCGUGUCCGCGCUCGAGGUUAGCCCUGGUUCAGACACCACGGCCAUUGCGAGCUGGGACCACUAUGUCUACCUCUGGAACUGCCAAGAAGACGCAGCAGCCACGGUCCUUGGCGGGCAUCAGGCUUCGGUCCAGCACCUCUGCUGGCUCAGUGCCAAUGUCCUCGUCUCCUGUGACAUGGACCGCCAACUCUUUUUUUGGGACCGCGCAGCACGCCCCAGGCGCAGCUAUGCUGUCAGCCCCCUGGCCAAAGCGCGUCUAUCGCAGCCCGUGCAUACGCUGGCCACCUCCGCCGACGCUCUUAUUGUGGGCGACGCGACAGGCACUUUGACCGUUCAUGAAAAGCACUUUGGCCAGCAGCUUCCACUUCUCAUGGGCUACGAUUGUCGCUGCGUGGCCAUCGCCGAGACCCAUUGUAUCGUGGGUACCUACGGUGGCCGGGUCCUGUGCUGUGCGCGACCUCACCUGCCCACGGACACAGCCUCCACCAGGAACGACGCCUGUCAGACCACUGAUGGGGUAGCGGUGGAGGCAGACGUCUUCCGCAACCCUGUCCACAGCUUGGUCGUGCUUGAAGCUCAAGGGGAUUGGCUCGUGGCCUGCGCUGAUGAGCACGAACCCAGGCUGGAGUUGCUCGAUGCCAAGUUGAACGCUUUGGCCCGUGUCGAUCUUGAGGCACCGGUGGUGUCUCUCGCCGCGCACGGAGACGAACUGGUCGUCGCACUUCAGAAUGCUGCCCUGUUGAUUUAUCGGGUGGACCCGCAGGGAACACCCCUGCUCGCCCUGCGCGAGCAACAGUAUGCAUCCGAGCCCAUCCGCGCGCUGGCGUUUGCAAGCUUUCGCAACUUGUCCUAUGCUGAGGCCCAUGGGGUCUUCAAAUUUAACACGCAAACCAUGCACUUGCAACCCACCGAGAUUCGCGUAGAAGAUAGCAUCAUCACUUGCGUGGCAGCCGUCAAAUCUGUGGUUUUGACAGGCACCACCUCGGGUGAGCUGCGCCUUGAACACAUCAAGCACCGGCCGCAACAAACGGAUGCGGGCUCCACCGUCCUCGAGGGACAUCAAGGGGCGGUGCUGGACUGUGCGUUGGAUGCAGACUGCGACUGUGCUGCCUCGAUUGGCAUUGACGGCACGUUGCGCCUGUGGUCCGUGGCCACGGGCACCGAGCUCAGCACAAUUCCGCUCAGCAGCUCCGCCUUUGCGGUGACAUUUGCAGACGAUGUGUUGCUGGUGGCAACCGCACAGGGUUUGAUGGAAGUUGAUCGAUCCGGCGUUCAGACUCGCGGCCAGACCUGCCUGGGGACGGUUCCCAUUCUGGCCGCUGGCAUUGGCGCUCGCCGCUUUGUGGCCGUGGAUGAGGACAACCAUAUGCACGUCUUGAACUUGGAGCGUGCUACACACGCGGGGCCUCGCCAUACCAUGAAUCACAGUGGCCCGGGCCAAUUAGCUUGGCUUCGUGCCAUGCCUUGGAUUGCGCAUGCUGCCACGGGUCAGCUUGUAGCGUGUGGACCUGGCGCAAGUGAGGUUGUGCAGGUUGGCUCGGGUCACCUCACCUGGGUUCUACAGGAGAGAGUGAUUGUGGCCGAUGGGGAGCAGCGCGUUUGGGUUUACGAGACAGAUGAGCAUGCGACAAGCGCGGUGGGUAUCAAGAUUGCCCAGCUCCCCGCCCCAGCCCGCUGCUAUGCAACGGCUUUGGAUGGCCCCGACUUUGCAGUGGCCUGCUGGGACAACUGGGUCUGCUUCAUGCGUUUGGGCCAUGCUGGCACAAUUCAUCGCAUGCAGGUAGGCCAGGGCCAGCUCGUGGCCCUAACUUAUUGCAAUGACCACCUAGUGGUAGCCGACGACCUGGGGUUUGUCUUCGUCUUGACGGGUGAUGGCCAGGUGGUGCGACGACUCCACGUGCCCGGAUGCAAGCUAACGACAACCACCAUCCAGCACCUUGUGACGCGAACGACACCUCUGGCAGCGACGGUCGAAACAACUCCAGCUAUCGAGAUUGUCACUGACGCGGGCACUUGCUUCACGUUGACCGAUAUGCAGCAUCUUUCCGAGCGGCGCGAACUGCACGCGGGGCCCAUCCUAUACCUUGGCUUCCUGGAUGCCACGCACAUGGUCACGGUGGGGGCCAAAGACCGCCUGAUCCGGGUGUGGGCCGAGGGUGAGCUGUGCGGUGAGGUGCAGUUGCGCUCGGCGCCUCAAGAUGCUUUGGUGGUCCCAAGCCAUGUGUCGCCGGACCAUGUUGGCAGACUCUACGUGGCCGCGACCAGUGGCGCCGUGGACUACUACACGCUUUUGGACGUUGCCAAGGCCCAGGUCCAGGCGGAGGGCAAAUCUCGACUGACUUUACGCCGACAAUAG